AUGGCAUCAUCUAAUGUCGUCGGCUCUCCUCCAGCAUCGGAACUUGGAGAAAACACAACACGUCUUCGUGGUGCUAGUAUAACAUCAGAAGAUAGACAAACUUUACGCAGUGAGCGUAGUCAUCGAAGUCAAAAGAGUCAACGUAGUAAUCGACAAGGUUCAAUCAUGAAUACAAAUGGAGGUAAUGGUUAUACUGAAAAUGCUCUCGAAGGAUUUCAGACCCCAACCCAAAACCAAGGAUCAGUAGCUGGUGCUGGUAUACCAUAUGAUGCAAUUAGUGUUACCUCAAGAAAGAGUGGUAUCACAAGUGAUUCGCCAGUUACAGCAAUUACAAGUGUCUCUCAACAGCCAGAAGUUCAACAGCAACUUAGCAAUCAUGGUGCCAGCACACAAUCAACAGUUGGUGGUUAUGGACCAAAGCGUGGCAGCACUUCAUCGCGUAAACCUUAUUUCGAUGUUGCCAAAGCUAUCUUUUAUCAAGCUGAUAGCGAUCAUGAUGGUUUAAUUACUCGAGAAGAAUUUCGACACUGGGCAGAACCUGGUAUUGUUUAUCCUGAUGGAUCACAACAUCGGCGAUCACGGUCGAUGUUGUCAACAGGACGCGCAGGAUCACGCACACAAAGUUUAUCAGGACAAUUACCACCUAGAAUUCCAACACCAGGAGGCCAAAUACCAUCAAGAACUCAAACUCCUACUCAACAAUCUGUUCUUAAUGAUGCUGGUGCCAAUGUAUUCGACGAAACCAAUGCUAAUGCUGCCAAUGAAGCACCUGUAGAUAUUGAUUACGGUGCAGUCGAAGCAUACAAUGUCGCUAUGCGAUCAUCUGUUGAUCUAAAUGCUGACGAUUCAUCGGGCAGUAUAUUUGGUAGCGGCCCUAAUGGUAGUGUUACCAAUGGCUCAAGCGGUGCUCCCCGAACGAGCGUUAGUGGUGCUCCUCGAGGAAGUUUUAGUGGUAGUACUAGAGGUAGCGUUAGUGGUGCUCCACAAGGUAGUGUCUAUGGCACUAGCCGAUGCAAUGUAACAGGAGAAAACAGAGCCAGCUUCAGUGGUGAGCCAAGAGCUAGUUUCAGCGGGGAACCACGCGCCAGUGUUAGCGGCGAACCACGUGCCAGUUUUAGCGGCGAACCACGGGCUAGUUUCAGUGGCGAACAAACAGCUACCUAUGGUGGAGAACCGCGAACCAGUGUUAGCGGAGCUCCUCGUGGUAGCUUCAGCGGACAACAACGAACUAGUUUUAGUGCAGCUCCCCGAACUAGUUUCAGUGGACAACAGCGAACCAGUUUCAGUGGCGAACCACGAGCCAGUAUUAGCGGUGAACAACAAUAUGGUUUUAAUGAAGAACAAGUAGCUAGUUACGCUGGAGAACCCCGAACCAGCGUUAGUGGAGGUCCUCGUGCCAGUUUCAGCGGACAACAACGAACCAGUAUUAGUGGCGAACCGCGUGCUAGUUUCAGUGGCCAGCAACGAACCAGUAUUAGCGGCGAACCACGAGCCAGUUUCAGUGGUGAACCACGCGCAAGCUUUAGCGGUGGACCACGUGCUAGCUUUAGCGGGGAAGAACAAACCGGCUUCAAUGGUGAACAACAAACUGGUGUUAGUGAAGAGCAAGUAGCGAGUUAUGGCGGAGAACCUCGAGUCAGUGUAAGUGGAGGACCUCGUGCCAGUGUGAGUGGAGGACCUCGAGCUAGUUUCAGUGGAGAAAAUAGAGCCAGUUUCAGCGGUACUCCCAGAGGUAGCGUUUCGGGCGAACAGAGAGUUAGUGUUAGUGGUGCUCCCCGAGCAAGUUAUAGUGGUAGUGCUAGAAAUAGUACUGGAUACGGAGCCCGAGUUAGUGUUAGCGGUAGUGCGCAUGGCUCAGGUGCUCGACGCUUUGAUGUUGCAAGAGCAAUCUUUAAUCAAGCCGAUGCUAAUCAUGAUGGUGUUAUAAGCCGAGAAGAAUUUCGUCAAUGGGCCACAUCUGGUCUCUUACCUCCCAGUGGCCGAACACAAACCAGUCAAGAAGGAAAUGGCAGUCAUCGAGCCAGUGUUGGCUACGGUUCAGCAGCGCGAAACAGUUUUGCCAAUGCAUCAGGACCACGAAAUAGUAUUGGGCAAGCUUCAGUUCAUCGAAAUAGCAUUAGAACUGGUGCUACUCCACGUAACAGUAUUGGAAAUGCUUCUGGUCCUCGUCAUAGCAUCGGAAAUGCUUCUGUUCAACGCAACAGCGUUUUUGGAAGUGUUUCAAACCCCGGUCAACCAUUCGGUGAAGAAAAUCUCCCUAGUGGAGAUGAAUUUCAACAAAGUGAAUUUGGUGAAUCCGCAUCAAACUUUGGUUAA